AUGUCGAUUACUGCUCCAAAGCCUGCAUGGAAUGGCCUUCCUAUUCGUGUUGGUGUGAUUGGCGGCUCAGGCCUGUACAAACUAGAUGGUAUUGAUAUUGUCGAUAUCGUAAACCCAGAGACGCCAUGGGGGUACCCUUCAUCGCCGAUCUCAAUCGUGCGCACACCAUCGGGCACACUGGUUGCUUUUAUUGCGCGUCAUGGGCUCACCCACUCAAUUUCGCCGACACAUGUGCCAUCGACAGCGAACAUUGCUGCACUCAAGCAUCUGGGUGUGCGUGCAAUCUUGGCGUUUUCGGCCGUUGGUUCUCUUCGGGAGGAAAUUGCGCCAAAAGAUUUUGUUAUCCCAUCGCAGAUCAUUGACCGGACCAAAGGCAUACGACGAGCCUCCUUCUUCGGCGAGGGUGAGGAGCAAAAUGUAAUUGCGCAUGCAUCUUUCGGGGACCCUUACGAUACACGUCUCUCUCCUAUAGUAGAGGAGAUUGUUCGCGAAGCUUUGAAGGCACAUGCUCCCGAUGUCAACGUCCAUGCCAACAAAACCGUCAUCUGCAUGGAGGGUCCUGCCUUCUCGACUCGUGCAGAGUCGGUUAUGUAUCGUCAAUUAGGUGGCGAUAUUAUUAACAUGUCUGCGCUUCCAGAGGCCAAACUUGCUCGAGAGGCUGAAAUGAGCUAUGUGCUCAUUGCUACAGCUACGGACUAUGAUGCUUGGCGUGAAACUUCCGAUGUGGUGGAUGUAACGGAGGUGCUUCAGUCACUUAAUGCGAAUGUUCAAGCUUCGAACGUGGUCACUAAGGCACUUGUUGACAAGAUCAGUGCUUUGGUCUCGGAUGAUGAUUCAGAGUAUUUCUCAAAGAUGAAUGGAAGCAUGAAGAAUAACAUUAUGACGAAACCCGAACAUUUGCCAACGCAUGUGAAGGACCGUUUGCGUUACUUGCUUCCUUGGUACCCCAACUGA